AUGAUAGUUGUAAAAAUAUUUCUCCUGCUUUCUUUAAUUCAUAUUUCACAUCAAUUGAACAAUGGUCUCGGUCUAACACCACAAAUGGGCUGGAAUAGUUGGAAUCAUUUUGGAUGCAAUAUCAAUGAAAAAUUGAUUCAACAAACAGCCGAUUUGAUGGUAUCGACAGGUCUUGCUGCCGCUGGUUAUCAAUACGUAAAUAUGGAUGACUGUUGGCAAGUAAGUCGAGAUGCCAAUGGUACGAUUGAAGCCGAUCCGAAAGCGUUUCCGAGUGGCAUCCCAGCUCUCGUUGAUUAUGUGCAUUCGCGUAAACUAAAAUUUGGACUCUAUUCAGAUGCUGGAUUUAAAACGUGUGAUGGUCGACCUGCAUCAUUACAUUAUGAGACGAAGGACGCGAAUACAUACGCAUCAUGGAAAGUAGAUUAUUUGAAAUAUGAUAAUUGUUAUGAUGAUGGAACUGCCCCCGAAGUACGAUAUCCGAUUAUGAGAGACGCGUUGAAUACUACUGGUAGACCUAUUUUCUACUCGAUGUGUGAAUGGGGAGUGGAUCAACCUGCUCUUUGGGCACCAGAGGUCGGAAACAGUUGGAGAACUACAGAUGAUAUUCAAGAUAAUUGGAAAUCAAUGCUCAAUAAUAUCGAUAUCAAUAACGAAUAUGCCGAUAAAGCUGGACCGGGCGGUUGGAAUGAUCCUGACAUGUUGGAGGUCGGUAAUGGUGGUAUGACCGAUGCGGAAUAUGUCACACAUUUCUCUUUGUGGGCUAUUAGCAAAGCACCACUGAUUAUUGGAUGUGAUAUAAGUAAAAUGAGUGCAGCUACUUUAGCAACUCUCACGCAUCCUGGCGUCAUCGCUAUCAACCAGGAUCCAUUAGGUGCUCAAGGCAAGAAAGUAGCGUUUUCUUGGUCAAAGGCGUCUAAUUCAUCGACUGGCAUUGGUCUCACUAAUUGUUCAACGUCUUCGUUAAAUGCGCAGCCGAAGCGUGUUACAUGGGUGUAUAAUUCUACAGAUGGUUCAAUUCGAUCGAACUCUGGUGAAAAAUGUUUGUCCAUUGAAAAUUGUGAUACUUCUGAUGGGGCAAACAUCGUCGCAAUUGAUUGUCAAAUUAACGAUCCACAAGCAAAAUGUCAAGGAAAAAAUCAACAAUGGACCGUUAAUACAGUCGAUCAGACAAUCAUUUCUCAGAUGAAUAACAAAUGUUUACAAACGUUUCGCGCAGCAGGACCAGCCGUCGAUGUCUCAACAUGUAAUAAAGGCAAUGGCCAAAAGUGGACAUGGCAUUCAGUAGAUAACACUAUUGAGAAUGAUUUGAAUCACGGAUGUUUAACACAAGUACCAGAAUUAGAAGUAUGGGCAGGUGAUCUUGACGAUGGCUCCGUGGCCGUACUUUUGUUUAAUCGAGGAAAUAGCGUCAGCGAACCAAUUACUGUUCAAUGGAGUGACAUUGGGUUUCCUGUUCGUGAUUCAGCUCUCGUUCGAGAUGUUUGGGCACAAAAGAAUCUCGGACCUUAUCGUUAUAACUAUACAUCUUCGAAUAUCGACCCUCAUUCUGUAAUGAUGUUGAAAAUUACGCUUUAUGCUGAGAAUGCUGGAUUUAAAACGUGUGGUGGUCGACCUGCAUCAUUACAUUAUGAGACGAAGGACGCGAAUACAUACGCAUCAUGGAAAGUAGAUUAUUUGAAAUAUGAUAAUUGUUAUAAUGAUGGAACUGCGCCCGAAGUACGAUAUCCGAUUAUGAGAGACGCGUUGAAUACUACUGGUAGACCUAUUUUCUACUCGAUGUGUGAAUGGGGAGUGGACCAACCUGCUCUUUGGGCACCAGAAGUCGGAAACAGCUGGAGAACUACAAAUGAUAUUCAAGAUAACUGGAAAUCAAUGCUCAAUAAUAUCGAUAUCAAUAACGAAUAUGCUGAUAAAGCUGGACCGGGCGGUUGGAAUGAUCCUGAUAUGUUGGAGAUCGGUAAUGGUGGUAUGACCGAUGCGGAAUAUGUCACACAUUUCUCUUUGUGGGCUAUUAGCAAAGCACCACUGAUUAUUGGAUGUGAUAUAAGUAAAAUGAGUUCAGCUACUUUAGCAACUCUCACACAUCCUGGCGUCAUUGCUAUCAAUCAGGAUCCAUUAGGUGCUCAAGGCAAGAAAAUAGCGUUUUCUUGGUCAAAGACGUCUAAUUCAUCGACUGGCAUUGGUCUCACUAAUUGUUCAACGUCUUCGUCAAAUGCGCAACCGAAGCGUAUUACAUGGGUGUAUAAUUCUACAGAUGGUUCAAUUCGAUCGAACUCCGAUGGAAAAUGUUUGUCCAUUGAAAAUUGUGAUACUUCUAGUGGGGCAAACAUCGUCGCAAUUGAUUGUCAAAUUAACGAUCCACAAGCAAAAUGUCAAGGAAAAAAUCAACAAUGGACCGUUAAUACAGUCGACCAGACAAUUAUUUCUCAGAUGAAUAGUAAAUGUUUACAAACAUUUCGCGCAGCAGGAUCAGCCGUCGAUGUCUCAACAUGUAAUAAAGACAAUGGCCAAAAGUGGACAUGGAAUUCUGUAGAUAACACUAUUGAGAAUGAUUUGAAUCACAAAUGUUUAACACAAGUACCAGAAUUAGAAGUAUGGGCAGGUGAUCUUGACGAUGGCUCCGUGGCCGUACUUUUGUUUAAUCGAGGAAAUAGCGUCAGUGAACCAAUUACUGUUCAAUGGAGUGACAUUGGGUUUCCUGUUCGUGAUUCGGCUCUCGUUCGAGAUGUUUGGGCACAGAAGAAUCUCGGACCUUAUCGUUAUAACUAUACAUCUUCGAAUAUCGAUCCUCAUUCUGUAAUGAUGUUGAAAAUUACGCUUUAUGCUGAGAACGAAAAUAACUCUCAGGCAAAUUAG